UUCUCUCUCUCUCUCUCUCUCUCUCUCUCUCUCUCUCUCUCUCUCUCUCUCUCUCUCUGUAUCAUCAUCUUGUAAGCUGAUCAUCUCUUUCUCUCUUUUCCCUUCCCUUCCCUUCCAACAAAAAUGAUCUGUUUAGGGUUAUCUCCAUCAGGACUCAACGUUGCAGCCAUAAUCAUCUACACAUGUAUUCUGAUACCAGUACGUCAACUGAAGGAGUCUCUGAAGAGCUUAUUUGGAUUGUUGCCUACCUCAUGCACUAACCCACCAAUAACGCUUCAGGAGCCUUUCUACGUGGACUUGAACUGUCUAGAACUCGACGACAUGAACCACCUCGACUACCAUCACCAGACGGACGAUCUCCCACUUCCAAUGAUGAGAUUUAGAGAAUUGGCGGAGGUUGAGGAAGGAGAUGAAGAGGAAAGCUGCAGUGAAGUGUGUUCAGUUUGCCUUGUGGAGUUCCAGAAAGAAGAUCAAGUGACAAAACUCUCUAGAUGUGGACACGUGUUUCAUCUCUGUUGUAUCAAGAGCUGGGUCGACCGGAAUCGCUUCACUUGCCCUCUCUGUCGAUCCUUCUUACUCAACGUUUCUUUAUAACAACUAAUGUCGUCUGUGAUCUCUUUUAGAACUUGGAAAGGAUUAAUUGAUGUCUGUAAUUGGGAAAUUUAGUGGAGAAAUUCUUGAUUUUUCACAUAGAAGUGAUUCUCCAAUUUGUUCAUCAAUUCUCUUUUGAUGACUUAACUGUGAAUGUAUUAGUAGCAGUUGUCCUUAGUAGUAACACUUAUAUUUUAACAUAACAUAUGCUUUCUGUU